GUUGCCUUGGCUUAAGUGGGCGGGGACAUUGUGGAAGAGACGGUCUGGCUCAGCAGCCAUUGAUGCGCUUUAUCUCCAAGAGGACAAACCGACAUUAAUUCUUCCGUAUCUGCGGUUCUCUGCGGACUGAAGCGAUGGUGUCUCACUCUCUCGCCCUCCCGAUGAUCUGCUUCACCACGCUAUGGGCGCUGGUGGGGGUCGUGGCUCCGUUUUUAGUGCCCAAAGGACCCAACCGGGGUGUGAUUGUCACCAGUCUCAUCCUCACGGCGGUCUGCUGUUACUUGUUUUGGUUGAUAGCCAUUCUGGCCCAAACCAACCCUCUGUUCGGCCCUCAGCUGAAGAAUGAAACUAUAUGGUAUCUGCGCUACUUCUGGGAGUAAACGAGGACUGUGUGGCGUGAUGCCGCUCAUCAUUCCUCCCCCGUGGUUGGCUGGACUAUUCUUUCAACGUAACACCUUACUAUUAAACAUUCCCACACACACAAUCUGCAGAAACGAUGACACAACAACCGAAAAAGGCAAUUUUGACAAUUAUGUACAGUCCCUGGAAUUUCAGAUUUAGGAGUUUAUUAAGACAUGGGUGUUUUAAAACAAGGAGGAGCCACUUAAGUUCAUCUCGUGACCCCCACAACACACGCAGUUUGAAGUUGUGACUUUGACAGGAUUCGUGAACAAAAGCGUUGAGUGUUUUUAUGUCUGUUACCGAGAAGAAUGAUUUCCAGUGAAACCGUAACAUCAUCUGUUAGGAGUAGAUAUUAAUCUUCCAUCACUGAAAUGUGCAAUCCUUAAGAUCCUUUAGUUUAUUUUUGUGUUGUUUACAUUUUUGGUUUUGCUGCCAUCAGGGAACAUGAAUUUUUCUAAGUGUUUGUAUUUAUUUGGCCUGCAGGCACUGAUGUAAGGGCAUUGUAAUUACCUCAGUGUCCACACGGUCUUGUUAUAUAACUGUUAUUAUCUGUGAUGUAAUAGUGUGUGUGUGAGUGUGAGUGUGUGUGAAGAGUUCAUUACUGUGAGUGCUUGGACCGCCGCCAUGAGAAUCUCCCAAAACCGUAAAAAAAAAAAAAAAAGUGAAGAGCGAAUUCCCUCCCACUUUAGACUACUUCAGCAUGAAACUCCCUCCCACGUUCCCCUCAUGCUCUACACCACGGAGGUCCUCGUUGCCAUGGUGAUCUCAUCGCCCAAUUCAGUCCCUCUCCACUCGACCCCUUUUGAUGAAAUCCUGCCCAUUCUCGCCUCGCUUGUGUACAGAUGUACUGUAGGUUGUACUGUAGGGACAUGCUUUUUGGAUCCAAGCGUCUGGUAGCUGCUGAUAGAUUUGGUGAUAAUUUCCACCAUCUUAAAAAUUUCAUCCCAACCCCCCCCAAAAAAAUUUUUUUUUCAGGCAUUUACAUCACAUUCCUUUUAUUUAAACUUCAGCGAAUUAAUUCUCUCGGGGGUUUUAGGGGCGCUUCAAGGCAGAGUGACCCUCACAUCUUUUCAGUAGCAGAUGAAACAAGUACAUUAAACAAAAGGAAGUGUUAUUUUAUUGCACAUAGACAUUUUCCGACAGCUUAAUCUGUUAGAAACCCUAUAAAAAUCCUAUAAGUGAUCGAUGCCUCUGACUGGCUGAUGCUGGAUAUUUAGACAAAGUGCAGUGCAGUUAGAAAAUAAGGAAUACUAGGUUUUCAAAAGACAACUUAUCUAAUUUAAAUCAAGUUUCUGAACGAGACUGAUCAUUGCAGUUAAUAGUUGCACAUCACCCACUAGGGGUCGCCAGAGUUUAACGGGGGGCUCACAUGGCCUUCUUGAUUUUAAUAAUGAUAGAAAUAAACAGCUUAAAAUAACAGCUUUCAAAAUAGGGUUUACAGAGUGCUUUGACUGGUUAAAAACAACAGAAAACUAAGCACCAUAGCACCAGAUUGAAUAAAAGAAUAGAAAAAUCAGGAAGGCAAGACUAUAAAAGUGUGUUUUAAGAAGAGACUCAAAUUAUUAAAGUGUGUAAGAAAACUUUUUUUUUAAAUACAGUACUAAUUGUAGGCAGAGUGCACAUGUUAAUCUGUACACAUGCGUUUGAGUACGGAGCAAGUUACUGUGCGGUAACACCACCAGUAGCUGGAACAGUCAGUCACCAGAGGUCCAGAGGUCGAGGUUUAUUUCUGUUGACUGUGGUCUCCUCUCUCAGUGCAGGACAAUGAUCGCUGAUGACCAAUCAGACGCCGGCGUUUCUUGUCGUUCUCUGUGCAAUACCAGCUAGCACAAAUAAGUCAAUGGGCCGAGAGACAGCAGCAGCCUGAACACUAACAGUGAACCGAUAAGGUCUUCAAGCUCAGAGGAAGUCGCCAACAUCAUAAAACUUUGUUGUUAUUCUUGGCUACAUAUGUACAUCCGCCUAACAGCGUAUAUAUUGUGUUCCUGACUUACAUAACUUCUCAACGCCUCAGAAAGGUUGCCAAUUUUCAUAAUUUUUUACUUUUUUUUUUAAAACAUUUGCUUUGAAUAUGAUGCUGGUGCCUCCUCCUGAUGCUUGAAGAGUCUGAGCUGCCAGCCACUACCACAACUAUGUCUCCUCUUUCCACUCCCCAAUUCCAAUCCUGAGAACCCCUACCUCCCUUCCUCCCUCCCUCCCUCCCUCCUUCCUUAACACUGUCCCUCCCCGUCCUCCUCUCUAAAACCACUUUGCUUCAGCCAAAAAGAAUCAAAAUCAAUAUACAGCUACUUUUUAGAAAGACCAAAUUGCGUUGUAUCUUUUCCUCCAGCCCUCUUUGUAGUUGUGGUGGUGGCACGCAUCUAAAUGUGGAUACAUUUCAGUGUGCUAGGGGUAGGGGCCCACUUAAAAUAGAGUGCGAUCACACCUGAUCACACCCAACAAAGUGAGGCUCUCCUCGCCAGAACACUAGUGUUCAGUUUCACUCCAAGUGAACCAGAGCUUGUAAACAAAAGCCACAUGGACUCCCAAGUAGCUCGGUUAUUGGACUGGAGCUUUGGUCAACCUGCCAAAGAUAAGAGAUGUUGGUGCUGGUGGAGAGUCAAAAUAAAUCUGACACCUGUAACCUCAGCUCUGUGGUGUGUUUAAGUCUCUGGUGUUCAUACCAGUGAAGUGCACAUGAAGGGGGAAAAAAAGCUGAAUACGAGCAUCAAUCCAGACUGCGGUUUGCUCUCACUUCAUUUUCUUCUGUCGGGCUUUCCAACCAUUAACUGCUGGCUAUCACGUGUGCCCAUAAACCCUCGUGUUUCGGGUUUGUUUCCGUCAUUGGUUUGGAUUACAUUCCCAAUCCCACUCAUAACGAGACGUGCUACAGUGAGCUUGCAAGAGGACACAGUUACAUUUUCGGGCGUCUGUGAGUCAUCAGGCAACAAAUGGUGUCCGGACGAACAAACUGAACUAAAGUAACAGACGCUCCACACUUCAGAUAAACCCCUCUAAACAUGCUGGGUGUGAACUGGCCCUAAACAUGACAAAAUCCUUGGGUUUCUUUUCCUUUUUUUAGGAAUCAGUUCAGCUCUUUUGAUAACUGGCUGCUGCCGAUCUGUUAAAUAUUCCUGGCAACAUUGGAUGGAAAUAGAGAUGGAUUUUUGUGUGUGUGUGUGUGUGUGUGUGUGUGUGUGUGUGUGUGUGUGUGUGUGUGUGUGUGUGUGUAGGAGUCGCCAUGGUUACAAAAAUCUACUAAAUUGCAUAUCUGAUUAUUGGUGAAGAUGAGAUCCUAUGUGUGACCUUGUAUUAGUGUGAAGUAACUGCUUCUAUGUGAGUGACGUUGUAUGUGAAACACCCAGUAAAAAGCUAAAUGUCUAA